GCUACUUCUCUUCCUUUCUUCAUUCUUCCCCAGGCUCUCUGCUGACUCGGGUCAAGUUCUUCAGUUCACGAUCUUCUAGUUGCAGCGAUGAGUGCACGAGUGAGAUCAAGAUCCAGAGGAAGAGGAGAUGGCCAGGAGGCUCCCGAUGUGAUUGCAUUCACGGCUCCCCGUGAAUCUCAGCAAGAGGAACCACCAGCUGAGAAUGAGGAUAUUGAACCUGGACUAGAGAGAGAAGGAACACCUCCUAUUGAAGAACGUCAAGUGGAAGGUGAUGGCCAGGAAAUGAAUCUGGAAAACGCUGGCAAUGAGGAUGGAGAUGACUUUGCUGUAGAGGAGAAGACUCCACCUAAUCCGGAGCAUGCUGAGACUCCAGAAGCAGGAGAUGGGCAGCCAUAAGUUAAAAAGAAGACAAGCUGAAGCUACACACAUGGCUGAUGUCACAUUGAAAAUGUGUCUGAAAAUUUGAAAAUUCAAUAAAGUUUGAGUUUUCUCUGAAGAA